CCAGUGAAGUUUAUAUCCAACUUUUUGUUGCACCAGUCAUUCGUUAAUGUCUUUUUUAAAACAAUUUAGAUUAAAGAAUCUUUAAAUCAAUAAAAAAGAAAAUCUUUCAAAUUGCCAUGAAAUAAAAAAUUUGUGCUCGUUACAGACAAUAAUCCAAACUGUAAUGUAUUCAUCGCCGUUGCAUUCAAUUAGCUGUUGGUCCCAUUCAAGCAUUAACGACUAAAUCCUGUGAUUGGGAAACAAAUUCUUCGUUAAAUCUCGGAGGUUUUUCGCAAUUCGUACAGCUCUGAGAUCGUGCGCUGCAGACACGGGACCGGAAAGAGCGAGGAGAAUAGCUUAAGCAAGAUGACGGAAUUGAAUCCCAACUUCUGGCUACCGUCAAAUGUGCUCAGCGAUGACGACGAUGAUGAACAAUCUGACGCCCUGUUGACGCCCCGGGGCGUCGCGGCCUUUGAAACAGAAGCGGCCCAGGAAGUCGCAGGGUCGAAUUCGCCCAAGUCGACGGUCUCCAGCGGGUCGUCACCGUCUUGCAGCCAGAGGGAGAGAGGGAGUGAUUCUUGGGAUUUAUUGGACGGCGCGGCCAUGAAAUUGAAGGUGAAUGAGGUUAACUGGAGUAAGGAUUUUCAUGCCGAGUGGUCCUCUGCUAAUAACAUCAAUAGUAACGAAGGAAAAGGAAAUGCCUUCACAACCUGGAACUCAACUAAUUUUACCGAAAAUUCUACUAUUCCUGCCAGCCAGUUAGUGCAAGAGAAGCUCUGCCCUGUACGCCCUGGAUGGUGCCAACAGACAAAACUCGUGCAGAACCAGUCGACAAGAAUUGUUGACCAUUCUUAUCCACCAUGGGCUUUCGUUCAGGGGGCUGGAUCAGGCAUGAAAGCAGUUUUUCUUGAGUCUAAUGGAUCUAGCAGAGAAUCUGGAGGCACGGGGGUUUUCCUACCUCGCAGGGCUGGGAAUAUUAUUGAUUCAAAGAAGAAGAAGAAACCGGGUUUCUCUACUGUUCUCCUUCCUUAUCGAGUUGUUCAGGCAUUGAACCUUACUAUCCAAAAUAUGAAUGUACAGUCGCCUGUGCGUGAUUUAGACAAGUGGAAAAAUGGAUUCAUCUGUGGUAGGAAGAUUGAGAACAAUAAUCGUCUUUCUGGGAAUGAGUGGUCUGAUCAACAAAAGGAGCCUUUCCAUUCAGUCAAUUCAAAUAAUCAUGCACUUUCCCCUGAAAUUAGUUUACCACAAGAUUGGACUUAUUAAUUCGAUUAAGUCCUAAUUUCAACCUCAAUAUGCUGUCAAGGAUUCUUAAGAUAAUCAAACGCAGGCAUUCAUUAGAAUUUAUUACAUCUAUAGGAGCUGUAUGUAGACAAGAAUAACUCUGUGAGAGCAAUUGUAAGCACAGAACAAUGCUCAGGUAUGGAUCUGUUGUAAUGUUGCCACUGUAGGCAGUCUCAUUGGGAACUUUAUCACCAUUGUACAGAAAGUAAAUAUUAGGUGAUUCUAAUUGCCAUAUGGUCAUGACUCAUGAUAAUUAGAAUCACCACCAUGGUGACUAUAUUGCAUGUAAAAGACCGGGAAAGCUUUAAAUCUCAAUGAACAUACAGCACUGUGAAUAAAUGGUCUUUACCCAUAAGCAAAAUUGAACUUUUACUGUUCAAUGUUCUGCGUACUCUGUAACAAACAGAAUAAUGAAAAUUCAAUCCAACAUGCAUCUGUUUGGCUGCUUCAUUUUCA